AUGUCCAGCACACUUCGUGUUGAAGAUACAGCAGUCAAGGAGCCCAAUAUUACUCAAAAUGUUGAAAGUGACACAUUUGUUGAAGAGGAAAUGCCUGACGAAGCUUCUUCCAUGCAAUUACUUGAAAAACCAGCUCAUAAAAGCUCAAGAGAAACACACAAAAAACGAAAGGGAAAAGACCAAGUCGAUGAUGGUUUUAUAGAAUGGAUGAAGAUGAAAAAAUCUGCUGAUAAAAGUGACCAAGAUGCUGAACAGCAGUUCCUUCUUUCUCUUUUACCUGAUCUGAAAAACCUUAGCAUGCAUCAGAGGAGGAUUUUCAAAAUACAAACAAUGUCUCUUUUACAUAAGUUUUUCCAUCGACUGAUACUGCGAUAUCACCCAGAGGAGCCAGGUGCUGAUGCUGACACAGAACGAAUCUUUUAUCAGAUAGCAGAGGCAUAUGAUGUUCUUCGAGAUCCCCAACGACGAGCUGUGUAUGACCAUUAUGGCAUUAAAGGCCUUCGUGAAGGAGUCCCUGGGCCUGAAGAGUAUAUUAAAGCUUAUCACUAUCAUGGUGAUCCAAUGAGAACAUACCGGGAAUUUUUUGGUACAGAUAGUCCUUUUGCUGACUUACUAGAUGCUGUCACAUUCCCAAAGCCAAUAUACAGGACGCCUGAGCUCUGCGGUUAUAAGAAGAAAGAAGACACCAUAUACAGGCCUCUACAUCUGACUCUGGAAGAAGUAUUCCAUGGGGGAAUAAAGAAACUGAAAAUGACCAGACUUGUACUUCGAGAGGACCAGAUUACUACAGAAGCACAGGAACAAGUGCUGAGAGUAAAUAUACAGCGAGGGAUUCUACCAGGAAGUGAAUUCUGCUUCCCUGAAGCAGGGAAUCAGGGGCAUACUAUUAUUCCAGCUGACAUAAUGUUUGUGACUGAAGAUCGUCCCCAUGAGAGAUUCAGAAGAGAGGGCACUGACCUCAUCAUGGUGGCUCAUAUAUCACUGCUUGAUGCCCUAAUAGGCUUAACAAUCACAGUCAACACACUAGAUGGGCGAACACUUCAUGUUCCUAUUACUGAUGUUGUACAACCAGGUUACAUCAAAAUUGUGGAUAGUGAGGGGAUGCCUUUAAUGGAAGAUCCUGACAAACGUGGAAAUCUGCAGAUCCAUUUUGACAUUGAAUUCCCAAAGUAUAUACCCCGUCCUGGUAAGGUGCUCCUGCGCAAGGCAUGGGAUGCAAUUACUAAAGGUGGUCUCCAAGGUGGACCAGAAGAUAUUAACAGACUCAUACUGCACGACAAAAUGAGACGUAUGCGGCCUAUGGAAAAGCUUCCUCCAACAAUAUAG